AUGGAGAUGUUUCUGCUGGUAGCAGAAGAGCUGAAGAAUAUCAAUGCUGAUGCAGCGGAACCUAAAGCACGUCGUAUACUUUCGGGUCUUGGCUUCACAAAAACCAUGCAAGAAAAACCGACCAAUCAUCUGGACCUAAAUGCCGUUAUUUGGCUUGAUAAGUUCGUUAUUCUGUUUGCUUACAAAUACUAUUUACAAGCAUGGAAGAAGACACUGCUGAUCGUCUCUCACGACCAGGGUUUUUUGGAUAACGUAUGCACUGAUAUCAUUGAUUUGCAAGACCAGAAGCUAUAUUAUUACAAAGGAAAUUAUGCAACUUACAAAAAGAUGAAAGAUCAGAAGAUGAAAGAGCGCAUGAAAGCGUUUGAGGCUCAGCAAAAACAGAUUGCCGCUAUGAAAAAGAGUGGCAAAAGCUCGAAGCAGGCUACGGAAGAGAUGAAGAGCCGUUUGCAACAGAAACAAGACAAAGUUAAUAAAGGCAAAAAAAGCUCGGCAGCGAUGGGCGACGAAGCUGACGCACCCCCGGCCGAAUUGUUGCAGCGAGUGAAGGAAUAUAACGUGAAAUUCAGUUUUCCGGAUCCUCCGAAAUUACCUCCUCCUGUGCUUGGUUUACAUGGGGUUUGUUUUGGCUACAACAAUCAGUUGCUUUUCAAAAAUCUUGAUUUUGGUAUCGACAUGGAUUCAAGGAUUGCAAUCGUAGGCCCAAAUGGUGUUGGUAAAUCAACGCUGUUGAAGCUGUUGUACGGCAAAGUUGAACCUCAUCAAGGCGAAGUACGAAAGCACAGGCAACUGCGUAUCGGAUGGUUUGACCAGCACGCUAACGAAGCUUUGAACGGCGAGCAGACGCCCGUUGAAUAUCUUGUCACGAAAUUUCAGAUCAAUUAUCAGGAUGCCAGGAAACGACUUGGCACUGUGGGCCUGCCAGGUCCUGUUCAUACAGUUAAAAUCAAAGAUUUAUCUGGUGGCCAAAAAUCACGUGUGGCUCUUGCAGAAUUAGCCCUGGGAGCGCCAGACAUGCUAAUUUUGGACGAGCCGACAAAUAAUCUAGAUAUUGAGUCCAUUCAUGCAUUAGCAGAGGCUAUUGAGAGUUUCGGUGGUGGUGUAGUGAUGGUCACUCACGACGAGCGCUUAAUUAGAGAAACCAGUUGUCAGUUGUGGAUUGUUGAAAAUCAGGUUUGUUUUAAUCACAAUUUUCUGUUACAUUUAUAUUCCCGACUGGCGUAA